CCUGGGAAAGCCGGGGACAAAGGGCCGGGCCGGGGCAGCGGGAGGUUGGUUCCAGCUCACGGAGCAGCUCGCAGCGGCUGCGGAAACAGCCCCGAGCCGGGACGUGCCCCCGGCCGUGUGCUCCCGCCCCACCGCGCGGGUGUCCUGGCUCUGGGCAUCGUGGCGCAGGAUCGUUUGAGAACCGUUCCUGACCGUGGGUGAGGGCUGGGACUGCCCCUGUCACUGCCCAGAGCCGAGUUGUUGCUGCAGACAAGACACGGGCACAGGCACAGGCAAUAUAUUUUACUAGACCAGAAGACAUCUUGAGGAAAAACAAAACUUUAUAAAUGUCGGGGUUUUAUCUGUUAUCAGUGUGUCUGCCGUGUGCGCGGCUCCGGGAAAGCGCGUUCAGGGAGCUCCGGCUGCCCCCGGGCCAAGAAAAGGCCCGCGCUGCGGGGCCCGGGGGGCGCUGCGUGACCGCGCCCGGUGCUGCCGCCUGGUGGCCACAGCCCGGUACUGCAGCUGGGGAGCGGCGCGCUGUGCCCGUGCCGGGGGACGAGGGGGCGCUGCCGCUGCGGGCGGGGUCGUGCCGGUCAGAAAGGGGCGGAGGCGGACGGACGAACCGCCGCGAGACAAAGAGGCCCCGGCUCUCCCGGGGCAGCCCCGCUGCGAAAAGAACGGGCGAGGCGGCAACAGGAGGCGGCGGCGUCUCCUCGGCCCCGAGCACAAGGGAGAGAAACCUGCCGGACGGAGCUCCUUCGGGCUCUGUCUGUUCACAAUGAAUUUAUGGGGGAUCCGUCCGGCAGUCGGUGGCCCGCGGUUGCUCGGCAACAGCAGAAGCGGAUUGAAGGGACCGGCCGCUGGAGGAUGCCGAAGCCUCCCGGGUCAGCGGUGGGAGCAGCUUUGCGUGAAGCGAGGGGUGCCUGUCCCUGUUUUCUCUUCCCGCUUUUGAAGCGAAGCUGCCGAGUUAGCGUACGCUGCGGUGAAGUUCUACAAGAUGCAGCCCUCAGGAACCGGUUGCUGUGGGGUUGCUCGUGCGGCCAGCUUUUGGUGUCGGUUGUUCCGGCGCUCCGUCGCGGUGUAGAGCCGGCCCCAGGGGGAGCUGUGACCGCCCCGUGCUCAGCAGACCCCCCAGCCCGGGUGGGGGGAGCAGCGCCGGAGCGGGAGACGCGGCUCCGUCCUCCGUCCCCAGCGUGCCGGGGGGCGGCUGCCGGCCUGUGGGACGUGGCUGCGGCUGUUCGGGGCGCUGCCCCCCCAUGUUUGGGCGCUCUGAGCAGCCCGAUGUGCUGUUAAAGGUUGUGGUGGUGCGGGUCAGGGAUCCCCAGGCUGUGCCGAGACCGCAGGACGGCUGCUGGUGGAACAAAGUCAAGGACAGCUUCUCAGAGUAAGAACCUCUCUAUUUGUUCUCCUCGGGACACAUCCCUUUGCCUCUGGACCCCUCACAAGCUCACUCGCCACCUUGUUCCCUCAGAAACCCGUUUCCUCCCAGUUCCUCUGCGAUUACCCUGCCUGCCUUUGGGUCCCUGCAGGCUCGUUGGUGGCAUCACGGUGCCUGUUUGACCUUUUGCCCCGUUAAAUUCCACUCUUUUCUCUCUUCCCCUCAAAACUUCCCCGGUUGCUCUUGUCACAUCCCAGAGGCCUCAUUUUCCCCUCUUGUCUCCUCUCAGGACCCCCCAUCUGUUGGCCCCUGUCGAGGGUUUAGAUUGCGGGGUGACAGUAAAACCCUGGCAGAUGUAUUGUUAACCCCGUCUCCCCCCCACUUCCCCCUUUUGCCCCUCCCUCUCCCCCCUUCCCACUCAGGACAGGCGAUCCGGAGGGAAAGAAGGACAGAGAGAAGAGAGUUGGAAAAACUGGCAAUGUUUUACUAAUGCUAUAUUAAGAGUAGAGAAAAUAAUACAAAACCAAUCCUGAAAGUCUCAGCAACUGCAGAGCCGGCACCUGAAGUCCUGGACUGGACUCUGCAGCCAACCGGAGCUGGAUUCAGUCUCUCAGCAGGCCUCAGUUUGCAGGGACGACUAGCAAGGUCCUCUCCUAAUGUCACCAUAAGCAGAAGGGACGAAAAGGGGCAAAGAGGACAAGAUCCUCAUGAUCUGCCACUUCUAUAUGAAGUAUUCAUGUGAAGGGGAUGUUAUACACGGUUGGUCAGUUUGUUGGUCACCUGUUUCUUGUUGCUCCUCUUGCAAGAUGUGAAUCUGUCCUUAUCAACAAGUAAGCAUUCCAUUGCAAUGUUUAUCAAAA